GGAGUCAAAGCCGGUUCCUGUCUCUUCCUCGCCCGCUCCCUGCCACCUCUUCCUUUUUCAAAAUGACAGAUGCCGCUGUGUCCUUCGCCAAGGACUUCCUAGCAGGUGGAGUGGCAGCAGCUAUCUCCAAGACCGCAGUAGCGCCCAUCGAGCGGGUCAAGCUGCUGCUUCAGGUGCAGCAUGCCAGCAAGCAAAUCACCGCAGACAAGCAGUACAAGGGCAUUAUCGACUGCGUGGUUCGUAUCCCCAAGGAGCAGGGAUUUCUGUCCUUUUGGCGCGGUAACCUGGCCAAUGUCAUCCGAUACUUCCCCACCCAGGCUCUCAACUUUGCCUUCAAAGAUAAAUACAAGCAAAUCUUCCUGGGUGGUGUGGACAAGAGGACCCAGUUCUGGCGCUACUUUGCCGGGAAUCUGGCAUCCGGCGGGGCUGCCGGGGCCACAUCCCUCUGCUUUGUCUACCCUCUCGAUUUUGCCCGUACCCGCCUGGCAGCUGAUGUGGGGAAAGCAGGAGCAGAAAGGGAGUUCAAAGGCCUCGGUGACUGCCUGGUUAAGAUCUCCAAAUCUGACGGGAUUAGGGGCCUGUAUCAAGGCUUUAACGUGUCUGUGCAGGGUAUUAUCAUCUACCGAGCUGCCUACUUCGGUAUCUAUGACACUGCAAAGGGAAUGCUUCCAGAUCCCAAGAACACUCACAUCAUCAUUAGCUGGAUGAUUGCUCAGUCUGUCACAGCCGUGGCUGGCUUGACUUCUUACCCAUUUGACACCGUUCGUCGUCGCAUGAUGAUGCAGUCAGGGCGCAAAGGAACUGAUAUCAUGUACAUAGGCACAGUGGACUGCUGGAGGAAGAUUGCUCGAGAUGAAGGAGGCAAAGCUUUUUUCAAGGGCGCCUGGUCCAAUGUGCUCAGAGGCAUGGGUGGUGCCUUUGUGCUUGUCUUAUACGAUGAGAUCAAGAAGUACACAUAAGUUAUUUCCUAGUUUCUUCCUGUGAAUGGGCAUGUUAUAUAACAUAUCUUGAGCAUUCUUGACAGACUGCUGGCUGUCUUGUAUCAGUGGCAACUACUGACUGGUUGAAAAUGGGAAGCAAUAAUAUUCACCUGACCAGUUUUAAAGCCAUUUCCAUGACGAUGAUGAUGGGACUCAAUUAUAUUUUUUAUUUCAGUCACUUCUGAUAAAUAAAAAAAUUUGAAGAAAUAAAACUAAAA